AAAUAAUAAAACAACAUGGUGUCUCAGAUUCCAGUAAGAGGAGUAUCCCCGUCACCCAGUCCAAUCACCAACAACUGUGCCAGUCCACGGAAAGUGACAGAACACCAUGACGACAUCAGCCUACAACACCAGCAGAGUCCCUUGGCUGGCUACAAGCGUGCUGGAGAUCUACAGUAUAGCAGUCUGCCCCGCCAGGUGGGGCUCUCCACCACAACCCCCGCCCUAGACACACCCAGGAAGGGGGUGGCUUUUGGUAGGAGUCUGGUGUUUUUGAGGGCGGCGGGUGAUAGGAGCUCUUCAGUGCCCAACUUAGCUGAAACUGAGACCAUAGUGAUCACAGACUCUGUGUCGGACACGGACGGACGCAGCUACACACCACAGCCCUCUCCCUCCCCCUCCCUGCAGACCAACAAGUCCAGGGGUAUCAAGAAAAUAUUCAACAAAAUGAAGAGAAGUGGGUCAGGUAACCUGGACGACUUGCCGAGUGAUGUAGAAUUCCGACGUGGAGGUGUCAGGGCAACAGCGGGGGCAAGACUAGGCUGGUCUUCUUCUCCUCAACACAUCAAGCCAGAGCAGCCAUUUAGUGAAUGGAGCUGUGACCAGGUGUGUGAAUGGCUCACAGAGAUGGGACUCGACUGUGUGGUGGAGUACAAGCGCUGGGGUAAGAACGGAGCACAACUGUUGCAGGCCUCAUCACAGGACAUAGACAAGGAACUGGCUCUUAAGAAUCCUCUACAUCGAAAGAAGUUGCACCUUGCACUACACUGCCAGAAAGGUAUGGGGGGAGACACAUACCUGGGGGCGGCAGGAGGUCUGGACACCAGCUGGGUGUUACGAUGGCUGGACGACGCAGGGCUGCCACAACACAAGGAAGCCUUCCUGGCAGCCCGUGUUGAUGGCAGGCUGCUGCACCGGCUGACGGUGGACGACUUGGCAACACUGCACGUCACCAGUGUACUCCAUGUGGCCAGCAUUCGCACUGGCAUCCAGGUGUUACGCACCCAAAACUUUGAGCCAGCGUGCCUGGUGAGGAGGUCAGGAGAGGGUGAUGGGGAGGUGGCACUAUGGACUAACCACCGAGUUAUGGACUGGCUGAGAGCAGUGGACCUGGCAGAAUAUGCUCCUAAUCUACGUGGCUCUGGGGUGCAUGGAGGUUUGAUGGUGUACGAACCCAGAUUCACUGGGGAGCUGUUGGCCAGCCUGUUGAACAUCCCGCCUGCCAAGACACUUCUGAGACGACACCUGCUAACACACUUUAAGGAGCUGUUGGGCCGAGAUGUCAUUCAGCAGAAGCGGGAGGCAGAGGCCAGUCUAGGAUACAUCCCUCUCACUACCACUGCCAAAAUGAAGGUGCCAAAGAAGUCACAGUUCACACUGAAACGCAAGAAAGCCAAGUCGGAGCUAGACUAUGGAGAGUUGGUGUGCCCAUUAGCACAGGGCCGUGGAGGGGAUGACACCUCAGGUGAUGCCUCGACGCCUGGUAACACACAAAAUCAAGGGGAUGUCUCUCUUGAGAAGGAAGCAAAUGGUAGCAUCGUAGUCAAGAAUGGAACGCCAGGAUCUGAGCGCAAUACGAGUGUCUGACACACAAUAUGCAGCCGCAGUAUUGCAGGCACCUCUACCACCCUCUACGUCUAGACUUGGAGUUCCUCAGGCAAUAAUCUCAAGUUGAGGAGAAGAUUCCUGUAAUCCACUUUGCAACUGUGAAAAAGUAUAUGAAAGAAUUGUAAAAUAAUUCAAGACUAAUCUAGUCUGUAAAAAAGUUUUAAGUUAAACAGGAGCAAGCUGAACUGUGACUGUACUCUGAGAGAGUUUAAUGCAUUUUAAAUUAAACAGAUAUAGUUUAUUUGUGCUGUUAACGCAAAUGAAUAGCAGUUGUGAAUUACAGGUUUCGUUUUGAAAAUCAAAUAACGUUUCAAAACAUUGUACAUUUUUACAAUAUUUAUUUAAUUACAAAUAAUUGAGCUUAUUUUUGGAAAAACUUAUAAAUAAUUCAAAACAUUUCUUUAGAGUCAACAAGUAUGCUUUAAUCGUUAUUAAACAAUUAAUUCACAAGAUGUAUUACUUUGGUUUCUGGUUGGCUUAUUUGUUAUUGACUGUUAUAUUUGUGCCAUUUUCAAGAAAUAUUAUGGUUUUUUUAUAAUAUCUGUGUUUGCUUUGUGCACAAUUGAGUAUAGAAUUUUUGUAAAAGUAUUGUAAAGUAGUAUCUUGAUGUGCCUUUUAAAAUAAUCUCAAGGGUACAUUUCAAAUUAUGAACUUAUUUGUCAUGUGUUUCUACAUUUUUUUAUUCCAAAUGUAAAAUGUUUAUACAACUGUAUAGCACCAUUUUAGUUUGACAGCUGUACAUUUAGUUAAUUAUAACUGUUUUAAAUAAAUUAAUGUGAAUUUUAUGUAUAAUUUGUUUGUAAUGAAGAAUAAAGUUUAAUCAUUUUAGGCAGGUUUUAUAUUUUUACAUAUUUUAUUCACACAAUGUAUCCUUUGGGUUAUUUUGGUUGGCAGAGUCAUCUACAAAGUGUAUUAUGCAAUAAUCUCAACUAAAUCAAUUGUACUGCUUUUAUAAUAUUCUUUUAUUCUUCACAACAUUUUUAUAUAGUGUUCAUGAAUGUUGUUUGCUUUGUUGAAAUGAGCUGGAUUCUUUGAUGUCUAUUUAAAUUUUGUGUUUUAUUAAUUUUAUAAUCCAUUUUCAAUCAUGCCAACAUAUCUUUUGGAUAGUAUCAUUCCCCUUUUAAACUAUCUUCAUUAACCAAUAUUUCGUAACAUUCAAUGUCAGUCUGUACUAAACACUUGUGAACCCAAACUGUACAUGGGGGGGAGAUACCCACUCUAAAUUGAUCUUUCUUUAUCGGUAAGGGUCAAUACCAAUUUUUACUGAUAAUGCAUUAAAUAAUUGAACACAUCAUCACUUAUCCAUAACAAAUUUCUUUAGAUAAUUUUAAGUGAAGUGAAUGGAAAAAGGUAACACUUGAUAAAAUCCUACUUGUUAAAAUAAUCUGGUAAGAUUAGUGAUUAAAAUAAGUUAUAUAUAUAUAUAUAUAUAUAUAU